AUGGAGCGAGAAAUCGCCAACUCCCACCCCGGCCAGACCGGCGAACACAAGUUCCAAUGGUCGUCGCUGUGGAAGAAAGCCGAAGUCAACCCCCUAAACGGCAAGAGUUUUACUUUCCCCAUCUUCCGCUUCUGGGACAUGUACUCGACCACCUUCUGGCUCGCCACGCUGGGCUUCUUCGUUGCCUUCCUUUCUUGGUUUGCCUUCUCGCCGCUGGUUCCCGAGGCUGUCCGAGACGACCUUGGUCUUUCUCCGGCUGAGGUUGUCAACUCCAACCUGGCCGCCCUUGGAGGCACUGCCAUUGUGCGUCUCAUUGCCGGGCCCGCUUGUGACCGUUAUGGGCCCCGCAAGGUCAUGGCUGGUCUGCUGAUUCUCGGUGCCAUCCCGUCUGGCCUUGCUGCUCUCGUCACCAACAUCGGGCAGCUCGAGGCCGUUCGCUUCUUCAUCUCUAUCCUUGGUGGCACGUUCGUUCCUACCCAGGCCUGGACCACAACAUUCUUCGACAAGAGCAUCGUCGGAACAGCCAAUGCCUUUGCUGGCGGUUGGGGCAAUCUCGGUGGUGGUGUAACCGUCGCCGUCAUGAUUGGCUUGUACGAGCGAUUUAUCCACAGCGGCCUGAGCCCUCACAUGGCGUGGCGUGUAUGCUUCCCAUCUGUCCCGGUCCCAUGCCUUCUCCUCGUGGCAGGCAUGGUCCUCUUGCUUGGUCGGGACCAUCCGGCGGGCAAGUGGGCCAACCGCCAUCAACUCAGCGGCUCCACCGUUGCCGUACUUCAAGGCCAGCCCGUCAACCUCGAUGCCGAUGAGAUGGCUGCUCAGGAGAGAAUCGACUCGGACAAGGAGAAGGCACCCGUUCCCCCUCUUGGUUCCCAGCACCACGGCAGGUCAGAUCCUACUGCAUCCAACAUGGUUGCGAGUGUUGAUAUUGCUCAGUCGGAACCACUGACUCUGAAGACACUCCUUCCCAUCCUCGCCGAUCUGCGCGUGUGGAUGUGCUUCGUAUGCUACCUUCUCACUUUUGGCCUCGAGACUGCCCUGGAUGCCGGUCUGCCUGGCUUGAUCAACACUCUCUUUGCCAGCAGCACCUUCAAUCACGUCGACGCCGCCUACGCUGCUUCCACCUACGGUCUCCUCAACAUCUUUGCCCGUCCCGUCGGCGGCAUCAUUGCCGACAUGCUGUACUCGCGCUUCGGCCUCAAGGCCAAGGUAUGGUGGCUGCUCGGCACCGCGCUGUCCCAGGGCGUGGCCAUGAUCGGGCUCGGCAUGUACAUCAACUACAGCAACGCCACGCUGGGCGGCGUCAUCGGCUUCAUUGUCCUGAUUGCCACCACCGGCUUCGCUGCCAACGGUGCCUGCUACGCCGUGUACGGCCACCUGCGGCCCAAGAACAUCGGAGCCGUUGCCGGCCUGGUCGGCGCUGGCGGCAACAUCGGCGGUCUCUUCUACACGCUCAUCUUCAGGUAUCAGCCUGGCGUGCGUGUCCCUCCUACGGCUACGAGUGCGGGCUCCAACACUCUUGGCACCAAGUUCUGGAUCAGUGGAGUUGUGAACUUUGUUGGUGUCUUGCCCUUUUUCUUCGUCGGGCUGGGUGAUGCGGUUUAG